CCCCGUCGCAGAUGACUCAGCACCCACCACCUCCCCCAUCCGGGAAACCCUUCUCUCUCUCUCCUCGUAUAAAGCGCUGCUCUCCGGCCGCGAGGUCGCCUCCAUGAGUAGACUAAGACCACCACGACCCAUCCACCACGCCGCCGCCGCCGCCCCGUCUCGCCUCGCGCGAACCCUAGCGCCCCCGCCCUAUUAUGGCCGCCGAGUCCUGCGGCAGCCGCGGCGCAUCGCCUCCGCCGCUGCACCCGUCCUCCGCCAGCGGCGGGGCGGUCGGGAGGCGGCGGAAGACGGAGGCCUACCGCGAGGUGCUCCGCCGGAUCCGCGGCGGCGCCGCUUCCGGCGGCGCGCGCCCCGGGUUCGAUGACGAGCUCUGGGCCCACUUCCACAGCCUCCCCGCCAGAUAUGCAUUGGAUGUCAAUAUCGAACGGGUUGAUGAUGUUUUGUUGCACAAGAGAUUGCUUGAGGAGGCCCGUGAACCAAUGAAUGGGCUGGUCUUUGAUGUUCGUUGUUCACAGAUUGUCACAGUUGAUGGAAGCACUGAAGUUGAGUCAUCAACUUCGAUUAAGCAAGAAGAACGAGAUCCUCAAUGCUCAGCGCUUGCAUCAAGUGAUCUAAGGCCUUUGCAUGAAGUCAUAUUUGCAUGUGAUGAUAAGCCAAAGCUUCUUAGUCAGCUAACAGCUCUACUUGGGGAGCUUGGUCUUAAUAUCCAAGAAGCGCAUGCAUUUUCAACAAGUGAUGGAUAUUCCCUGGAUAUCUUUGUUGUGGAUGGAUGGAAGUAUGAGGUCGAUGUUCUACGAAAUGCACUCAGUAGCGGAAUUGAGAAAAUAAAGUACAGAGCAUGGCCAUUGGUUCAUUCCAUGCCUGUUAGCAUGGGUCGUCAGCUAUUGGAGGAUUCUUCUCCAGCUGAUUGUGUCCAGAUACCAGCUGAUGCAACCGAUGUUUGGGAAGUUGAUCCAAGGCUUCUCAAAUUUGAACAAAAACUAGCAGCUGGAUCAUUUGGUGACCUAUACCAUGGGACCUAUUGCAGUCAAGAUGUAGCAAUCAAAGUACUCAAGCCUGAGCGAGUUAGCGUCGAUAUGCUGCGUGAGUUUGCACAGGAAGUAUAUAUAAUGAAAAAGGUUCGUCACAAGAAUGUUGUACAAUUUAUUGGUGCGUGCACCAGACCACCUAUUUUGUGUAUAGUUACAGAGUUCAUGCGUGGAGGGAGUAUCUUCGAUUAUAUUUACAACCAUAGGGGCACUUUUCAGCUUGUUGAUGUCCUAAGAAUUGCAUCAGACGUGUCCAAGGGAAUGAGCUACUUACAUCAGAUAAACAUUAUCCACAGGGACUUGAAAACUGCAAAUCUUCUCAUGGAUGAUAAGGUUGUCAAGGUUGCAGAUUUUGGGGUUGCAAGGGUUAAAGACCAGUCCGGAGUUAUGACUGCAGAAACAGGAACUUACCGAUGGAUGGCUCCUGAGGUCAUUGAGCACUCGCCCUACGACCACAGGGCAGAUGUUUUCAGUUUUGGAGUAGUUCUUUGGGAGCUACUGGCAGGAAAGCUUCCUUAUGAAGAUAUGACACCACUUCAAGCAGCUGUUGCUGUUGUUCAAAAGGAUCUGAGACCUACCAUUCCUGCUGAUACUCAUCCUAUGCUCAUAGGUCUCCUUCAGAAAUGCUGGCAGAGAGAUCCCGCCCUAAGACCAACAUUCGCAGAGAUUUUGGAUAUAUUACAGUCAAUAAAGGAGGUAGUUCAAAGUUCUGGACGUCACAAGAGGCGUCCGGGUCCAUCCCACUCUGGACAGAGAUAGACACUCCGCUGUUUUUUUAGUCUACCACGUCCUAUAUUUACUGUCAACUUUUUUCUAUCUUGGUAGCUCGUUAUUUGUUAGUUCUGUAGGUGAGGGGGGGAAGGUCCUUUUAUGUUGUAAUUUGACGAGUUGUUCAUGUGGAGAGGACGUUGUGUAACGAUUUGAGUAAACUGCACAAGAGCUGCUUGUUCGUUUUUUUGAGGUUUCCGGAAUUAACGAUCAAAUUGACCUUUUAGCCUGACAGUGAUGGUCAUUUCUAUUACUUGCUGGUUAGAUGGGUCAA